AACCGACAAAAAACCUAUUGGAAAGUUUCGCUCGUCUCACCAUCACCAGAAUAGCGUUGGUUUUCGCUUUGUAUCACAUGUUAUCACUCAGUUUCCCGACGUUUGCAGCUUGUUUACUUACGUCAUUAAACCAAAUAGUCAAAAUUGGCACCAUUCAAACCACAAGUUCGAAAAUUGAAUUACUGCAACUACAAAAAUGGAUUUAGGCGUUUUAAAGGGUCCAGUGGAACUUUUAGCAUCGAAAGUCAAAGCCUUCAAAAACUGUCUCGACCUCGCCACGGAAUGCCUCACCAACAAAGACUACAUGAACGCAGAAAUGAUCUACGGCGGCAUUUUAGCCGACCUGCACAAAGACUGCAUCGUGGAAGCACUCGGCCUCAACGACCUCGAGCUUUUCUCCCUACACAGCUGCUUCGCCUACUCGUCCAUCGGUGCCGACUACAAAUCCGAACAAGCCCUGGUCAUCCUAAACUCGAUCCACAAACCCAUCAAAUUGCCGCUGGUGCCUUAUUUGAAAGCUUUCGUACACAUUUCGAACGAUAGAUUAUCGUUCGCUCACGACGAAUUGCAGUGUUGUCAGACGCUCCUCAACAACGGGUACAACUUCAAACCCAACAGUAUUCUAAACGAGGAUAUUAUUCCGGAGAUCAACGACGAGUUUUUGAAGUUGAAAAUAAACGGUCUGAGGUUUGCUUGCGAGUUGCUCAAGGCUAAAGAAGAUAACGAAGAUUUGAAGAAGUGCUUUAAGGAGAAUUGGUUGAAAAUCGGGAAACUGUGCGAAACGGACUUCGCGAAGUUGUCGAAGAAUAAGAAGAAAGGGAAGGAGGAUGACGACGAACCACCUAAGGAGGUAGUUGAAGAGAAGAAAAAGAAGGCAACCGGCGCUAUUAAGAAAACCGAGAAACAGAUAGUGAAGAAGACCGAAAUCGGAAUUCAAGCGACACCAGCCAAAGGAGUAGCUAUCGGAGUACAAACCACCAUGGAGAAGGAAGUGAAUAAACAGUUAUUAACCGCAGUAUUAGAGAUAAAAAACAAAAUGAGCAACAUGCAGGCUAAAAAGGAUACCGAAAUUAAACAAUUACAAAAGAAAAAUACCGAACUUAAUGACAAGUUAAUCGCCCGUGAUAACAAACGACAAGAAAAAUUAACCGAGUUUGAGUUCGUAAAAGAGCAAUAUAUUACCUUAGAAAAGAAAUAUGAGCAAUCGCUUAAACAAAUCGAGAUUCUGCAGAAAAUGUUGAUAGAGCAAUUGCAACAAAAAUAUCAGAUGCAGAAGAACAUAUAUCAGUUGUUUGAGGAAAAAUGUGACUACAAAAUUGAGUAUUUAUGUGACAUUCAAAAAUAUUUACACCCUAGUGAUAGACCUACUCCAGAUGAGUGCAAGCAAGAGGUAACUAUGUGGAAAAAUACCCUCAUCAAAAUUUCUGGAGCGAAAAGAGAUUUCGAGGUCUAUUAUAGGGGUAUUGAUGACUUGAUUGUUGCUAAAAAGUACCCCACGGUAAAAACAAACGACUGGCCACCAAUUCCAGUCAUCCCUAACGACGUACAGGACGUGAUAUACAGAAACUUCAGGAUAAUCAUGCAACAAAGCAAGUCUCUGUUUAACAGUCUAACAUUCCCCAACAAUAUGUCCACUGGGACCCCCCUUUUCGGGAAUUUUGGGAAUUACAAAGAGAACGAGCACAAUCCGAACUUCUUCGUUAAUGGGUACAACGGCUAUAAAGAGGAUGGUAGGACAACAGGGUCACCCAAUUUCUUCGGAAAAUUUAACCCCACCCUUCCGUUUACCAACGGAAAUAAACUUCCACCGUAUCCGCUUAACCAGCAGUUCCACCAACCCCCACCACCACUAUAUCCACUCCCAAUACCACGUUCACAGUAUUCACCACAACCACAAAACAAAAAACCAGAAGUGGCACCACCAUCACCCACAUCAAGUGAACCAAACAACUCGUGUAAAUCAGAGCAGGAGUUGCUCAAAUUUCUACAAUACAACUUCAAAGAGGUACCAGAGGAGGAGCUACUGGGUGCGAUAUGCGUAGUGCGUGAUCUGUGUGGAGGGUCGCUGAUAGGUUUCCCCAAAAAGAGUCUAGUGGAAGAAAUUAAAAAGGUACUCAAGAAAAACGCAGGUGCUAAAUCUAGUUGGAACAACAUUGUGAAAACGCAGUGGCAAAAUGACCACUCGGAUAAUAAAUGUUGCAUCUGUUUCGAGGAUUACGACACCACGAGUAGUCACAGUCUUCCCUGCCAGCACGAAUUUCAUAAAAGAUGUAUUACAAACUGGCUCAAAGUACAGAGCGCAUGCCCAGUUUGCAGAGUUCAUGCUGUUAUCGACGAGGAGUACCCGCCUCUCAAAGUUUAACUAUAUAUCAAUGAUUAUUUUAAUAUUGUUAUCGAUUUAAUUGUGUUUGUUGUAUUUUUACGUGUGUUCAAGAAAAACGCGCGAGAAGUUUUUAUUUGGUUAUUGAAAUAACACAACAUGUGUUAAGAAGUAUGGUUAUGUAUGUUAAAAGUUGUUACGGUUGUAUUUUCUGAACACACCAUAUAGUAUUAAGUAGAGUUCGUUCAUGUUAAUUUUUUAAAUCUUAUUAACUAACUUUUGUAUCAAUGUACUUUAUCAUAUCGUAAUAUAAUUUGCUACGGUUA